GAUAAGGCAAAGUUAAGAAGAAGAAGAAAAUUUUGUGGUGGAAAAUUUUUGCAAUUGAUUUUUUCCUUUAUUUUGUGGUCAUUCAAAGGAGAAUGUGUCCCCCGUGGGGCGCUGAAUAGGAAGCUAAAGUGCCCGUGGUGUUGAUUUAAUAAGUAGUUGUGUUUUGCAAAGCUCACAAAUUGAGUUCCAGCUGUAUGUUAUUUUUGCCCUGAAGCUCUCGCCUAUUUUCCAGACAGAUGAUAAAAUUUUCCUGCUGUGAAAAUAAAAUAUUGAAUUUGGCAUAAGAGAGGGUACCAAGGAAUUGUUCCUUUGUUAGUUUAUCGUGCAUUGAAGGUCGUGAGAAUGGUAAAAUUACAUGGAUUGAGUGUCUUCUACAAGGGGCCCCACGAGGCGAGGCUACUGAAAGCUGCAUUUGACCUCCAGAGCUUCUCAUUUUUCCAGCGUGGCUCUGUUCAGGAGUUUAUGAGUUUUGCCAGCAAAACCAUCGUGGAGCGAACACAACUGGCGUCAAGGCAAUCCGUCAAGCAGGACGUCUACAUGUGCCAUGUUUACGUUCGGGCGGAUAGUUUAGCUGCAGUUUUAAUUGCUGACCACGAAUAUCCUGGUCGGGUAGCGCACACAUUCAUUACAAAAGUCAUGGAUGACUUUGCAGCCCAAGUUUCCCCAGAUCAAUGGCCAACGGGCUCAGAGGCAACGAUAAACUUCUCACAACUUCCAGCGCUCUUGGCAAAAUACCAGAAUCCCCGUGAAGCAGAUGCCCUGACAAAGAUUCAGGGUGAUCUGGAUGAGACAAAGAUCAUUCUACGCAACACCAUUGAGGCUGUACUGGAACGUGGUGAGAAACUCGAUGAUCUCGUCGUGAAGUCAGAACAGUUGUCCGUACAGAGUAAGGCAUUCUACAAGACAGCGAAAAAGACCAAUUCCUGCUGCAACUUCAGCUAAGAUGUGGCAGCAAUGAGGCUCUCCCCACAGGCGACAUUACCAAACGCUAUUGUUGAUCAUUUCCUUGAUAAAAGUUUUAUCAAAACAAACUUUGCUGUUCAAAACAUCUCAAUGGCUCUACUUUACAUGAAUGUCUGUACUGCAUUGUCUUGUAAGUCCUCCAUGAAAUUCACUUUUUUCCGCGAAUUCUUUACAAAUUUCCUUAAUUUUCCUUAAAAAAAAAACACCACAUUAACGGGAAUUUCCAUGAAAAACUAAAAAACAAAAACAAAACUAAAUAGAACACAUAAACCAAAAGAAGACUGAAUUUUCAAUUGGGACGAAAGAAAAAUGCUGCAACAAGAGCUUUUAAUGAGUUAUCAUGCGCGUUUUUUAGAUUAAUUGUUGAUGUUCUUAAUUAAUUCCUCUUAUUUAGUGAGGAAUGCAACACUUUAUAUACUCAAUUACAAAAUUGGCAUAUAUUUUGUAUAUCAGCGCUAUCGUGAAUAGUUUCUAUUUCUAUAUAUUAUCGUAAUCUCGCUAAUUAAAAACUACUUUUUUUCAUGAAUUUCAGCUUUAUUGGAAAGUCGUUAUCUUUGUAUUUUAUUGCAAUUUGUUUUAUUAUUUUUUAUUUACACGUGACUUUAGCUUUCAAAGAACUUGUUUAAGAAAAAAAAAGAUUUUCAGCAAAAAGGAAAUUAUCCAGUAUCCGGAAUAAUAUUGGAUUCGAUCCCAUGCCAUUCAACGUUGAAAGCCAUAUCCUUACCGAUUACACCAAAAUUUUCUCCCACCAUUCGGGUAAAAUCAUUAGCGGGAAUACGAUAUUUUUCUCAUUUUUAUUAAUUUUUAUUAAGGAGGAAAGAUAAUGAAAAAAAAUUAAACAUAACAUAUUGACGUAUUGUUAAACUUUUACUGUAUAUUUAUGAAAGAAAAAAAAUUGAAAACAGAAUUAUUUUUAAACUUAAUAUCUAUAUUGGAAUGGAAGUUACAAUAUUGUAUAAAAUAUACAUAGAUACAUCAAUAUUAAAUGUCUAUAGCAGAUGAAUGAUUAUAAAGUUAAUUCCACUCUCUACAUUAUGAAUAAGAGUUUUGAAUUAGCUUUCGUGGCAUUUUGUGAGGAUACCAACUUUAUAAUCAUUUAUCUAAUAACUAAAUAAUAUUACCCAAAAUGUAAAAUAUGUAUUGAGAAGGACGCAUUUUUAAUAAAAAUGUAACGAAAAUUAAAA